AUGCUCCCUCACUCGAAGCAGAUCCUCGUCGCGGGUGUGGUGCUCAUCUCGCUCGGCGCGGUCGUCGUGGGCAUCACCACCGCGCGCGCGGUCCGCGGCGACCAGCGCGCUCGCCGCGCGGAGGACGAAGUCCUCGCGCUCAGGACCGCCCUCGACGACGUGAGCGCUCCCGUCGCGCACGAGCGCCGCAACAGGCGCGAGCUCUCCGAGAAGAUGGAGGGUUGGAUCGACGCACGAGCGACUUGGUACGGAGGUCCAGAUGGCCCAGGGCCCGACGGCAUGUCCAUCUACACCGGCAGCUGCGGCUACGGCACCAGCUUGAACAACCACUACAUAUCCGCAUGGCACACCGACGGCGGCUACGACUGGGGUCUGACCGACAAGUGCGGUCAGUGCUACGAGGUCAUGUGCGUCGACGGCGCGACCCGCGGCAAGGACUGGAGCGACCUCGGCCCCUGGGGCGGAUGCGCCGAGCCCGGCAAGAAAACAGUCGUCGUGAUGAUCUCCGACUCUUGCCCGUGCCACCACCCAAACUCCGGCAACAAGCGGUGGUGCUGCGGAGACCGCACGCACCUCGAUCUCUCCUACGCCGCGUUCGAUCAGAUCGCCAUCAGGCACAGGGGAGUCGUGGAUCUCAAGGUCAGACCCGCGCCCUGCGAUAAGCAGGGAGUCGUGGCGUAUUACGAGUGA